GUCUGUAAGUUCAAAAGUUAGGCUGAGCUGCAUCGAAUCGGCCAUCUCAGACUUUUAUAGCUCUCGUGGAAACACUCAAACGAGGCUGGUUCUGAGCAUUAGGGACUCCAGAGGUGAUGUUGUCGAUGCCGCUGCUGCAGGCAGACGUUGGUCGGGUUUGUAGAGUUCGGCGAUGUAGUUCGAUGCGUGAUUAAAUUCCCGAAGUUAUAUGUGGAACGUACACUGACAGAAGAAACAUUAUGUCAAAGGGAAAAUGAUAGAAGAAAAAAAAGUUCAAAAUAAAUGAAUGUGAUAUUGACAGAGUCAAAAGUCUAACGUUAUAAUCCAAUACUACAAGUUUGAAUCUUGAAAGUUUAAUAAUUUUGAUGUUUGGUGCUUCUUUUUUUUAUUUAAUUUAAUUUUUUAUAUUUUUUUUACCGAUUAUUCAAACAUACAGCUUUGGAUCUAAUAAAGAAUGUUCAAGUGCAAGCAAUCUUGGGACCGAAAUCAUCAAUGCAAACCAACUUUGUAAUUGAUCUUGGAGAAAAAGCACGAGUUCCCAUAAUCUCAUUUUCAGCAACAAGUCCUUCCCUCACUUCCCUUCCAAGUACAUAUUUUUUCCGAGCUACACAGAUUGAUUCCUCUCAAGUCAAAGCCAUAGGGGCAAUUAUCAAAGCUUUUGGAUGGAGAGAAGCUGUGCCUAUCUAUAUUGACAAUGAAUACGGCAACGGAGUAUUACCAUACCUGAUCGACGCCUUGCAGAUUGUUGAAGCUCGUGUCCCUUAUCGAAGUGCCAUUUCCGGGUCAGCAACGGAUGAUCAAAUUGAAAAGGAGCUUUUCAAGUUGAUGACAAUGCAAACUAGAGUCUUCAUUGUGCACAUGCCCGGCCCUCUAGGCUCUCGGCUUUUUGCUAAAGCACAAAAGCUAGGGAUGAUGAAUGAAGGCUAUGUAUGGAUCAUGACAGAUGGUUUGAGCAAUAUUUUAAGUUCAAUAAAUGCUUCAGUCAUCAGUUCAAUGCAGGGCGCACUGGGGGUGAGGACCUAUGUGCCGAAAACAAAAGAAAUUGUCACUUUUAGAGAUCGAUGGAAAAAGCAGUUCCACCAACAAAAUCCAACCAUCAUCGAUGUUGAACUAGAUGUAUUUGCACUUUGGGCAUAUGAUGCUGCUUAUGCAUUAGCCAUGGCGGUUGAAGAACUUGGGACUUCAAGCUUUGUCUUCCAAACCACCAUUUCUUCCACAAACUCAUCAUCAGAUCUAGAGACUUUGGGGGUAUCGCAAAAUGGUUAUCAGCUUAGCCGGUCCUUGGCAAAGACAAAAUUUAGAGGUCUUGCUGGAAAUUUCAGUUUUGAUAAUGGACAGUUACAAUCUUCCAUCUUUGAAAUAUUGAAUGUGAUUGGUGCUGGAGCAAGAGCAAUUGGAUUUUGGACACCUGAAAAUGGACUGGUGAGAAAUCUGAUCAUCAAUUUGACAAACACGUCUGUACCAAAUUUAGGCUUCGUCAUAUGGCCCGGAGAGCAUGGCUCCAUUCCUAAGGGAUGGGAGAUCCCGACAAAUGGAAAAAAGUUAAGAGUUGGAGUUCCAGUGAAAUAUGGUUUUACAGAGUUUGUUAAGGUGGUAGAUGAUAAUAGCACUAAUACAACACCAGAUGUUAUUACUGGAUUCUGUAUCGACGUCUUUAAUGCUGCAAUGGAAGGAUUACCAUAUGCAGUUACUUAUGAGUUCAUUCCCUUUGCAUAUUUAAAUGGCAGUUCUGCGGGCACUUAUGAUGAUUUGGUCUAUCAGGUUUUCCUUGGGGAUUAUGAUGCUUUGGCAGCAGAUUCAACAAUUAGAGCAAACAGGUCACUGUAUGUGGACUUUACAUUGCCAUAUACUGAAUCUGGUGUAGUAAUGGUAGUGCCAAUGAAAGAUAAAAACCGGAUUAAAAAUGCAUGGAUUUUCUUGAAGCCUUUGACAUGGGACUUGUGGCUUGCGAGUUUCUUUUCCUUUGUCUUCAUUGGUUUUGUGGUUUGGCUUCUUGAACACCGUGUAAAUGAAGAUUUUCGUGGGCCUCCCUCACAUCAAGUUGGCACUGGCCUCUGGUUCUCUUUCUCAACAAUGGUUUUUGCACAGCGGGAGAGAGUCGUUAGCAACUUGUCUAGGUUUGUGGUGAUAGUAUGGGUAUUUGUGGUGCUCAUACUGACUCAAAGUUACACAGCGAGUCUGACUUCACUGCUAACUGUGCAAAAGCUUGAGCCAACUUAUACAAAUAUAAGCCAUCUGAUAAGCAAUACUAAGGAGUAUGUGGGCUGCCUGGAUGGCUCUUUUGUCUGCGACCUUUUACAACAAGGUUUCCAUGCUUCCAAUAUUAGGAAGUAUAAAUCUGCACAAGAAUGUAACCAACUUUUGAUAAACGGGAGUCAAAACGGGGGUAUUGCUGCAGCCAUUGACGAAACUCCAAACAUGAAGCUUUUUCUUGCAAAUUAUUGCUCCAAUUAUACCAUGAUUGGUCCCAUAAUUAAAACUGAUGGAUUUGCCUUUGUUUUUCCUAAAGGUUCGCCUCUUGUACCAGAUGUAUCAAGGUCGAUUCUGCAAUUCACCGAGGGAGACUUGAUGAAGGAACUUGAACGCAAAUGGUUCGGGAACGAAACAGCUUGUUCAGUUAGCAACCCCAUGGUGUCUGAUUCUAGCAGUCUUAGCCUUGAUAGGUUUUGGGGUCUGUUUCUGAUUGCUGGCGUCACUUCGUUAUUAGCCCUCAUCAUAUUUGUAGCCUCAUUUAUAUGGAGUUAUCAGCACAAAGGAAUUAGGGUUAUGCUCGAAGUGUUUGACUGUAAAGACCUGAGCUCCCAUACUUUUAAGAAGAAGAGUUUGGGUGAUCAGUUUGAGCGGUCACCAAGCUGCAGCAGCUACUCAAUAAGCCCCUCUAAUUUUAGCCAUUCAAACCGUACAGAUAUUACAGAGAUGGGGGAACAAGCAAUAUUGCAUGCUGGUCAAGUUGAAUUUCCAGCUAGUGUGCUUGAUCUUCCAAACUCAAAAAUUCCAACAGCUCCUCAAAGUAUUCAAGAGAACAAUUAAUAUAUAUCAUUUUCACAAUGUACGUUGAAUUGUAAGACAAUCUUAAUAGCACUUAAUUCAUCCCUCUUUUUGGGGAUAAGAAUAGUAUCGUAUAAAAUCACG